AUGGCCGCUGCUUCAGCAUCGCUGCUCCACCUCGCGACCCCGACCCCAACUCGCUCCACUCACCUCAGCGUCCGGCUCCCCACCUCUCAGCUGCGCAUCGCCACCGCGCAGCCGCCGCGGGCGUACAAGGUGACGAUCGAGCACGGCGGCGAGUCGCGGGUGGUGGAGGUGGAGAAGGACGAGACGAUCCUGUCCCGCGCGCUGGACGAGGGCCUGGACGUGCCGCACGACUGCAAGCUCGGCGUGUGCAUGACGUGCCCGGCGCGGCUGGUCUCCGGGGUGGUGGACCAGAGCGACGGCAUGCUCAGCGACGACGUCGUCGCGCAGGGGUACGCGCUGCUCUGCGCCGCCUACCCGCGCUCCGACAUGUACACGCCGCUCUUGUUGAUUAGUAGUACUGGUGACAGAGCUUUUCUUGAGAAUAGAUAUUGUGGUAUGCCUCAUUGCCAAAUUUCUUGUGUCAGAAUCGAGCAUUUCCCAACAUUUGGUAGCAUACUGCGAAUUAUCUCCACUUUCAGUGGCUAA